CGUAGCCGGAGCAGGACCAGUGCCGCAGUCGAAACCGUUUGCGGAAACAAAAAAACGUUGGCGCGGCCCCGGUGGGCCCGGGGGGAACAUUCAGGUUUGAAUGUGUGUUACCUUGACACAUAUCAUCUAAAGGACAUCACUCCAUUACACAGCAUGGAGUUGCUACAGGAAUCCCUGACAUUUCACGAUGUGGCCGUGGACUUCACCUGGGAGGAGUGGCAGCUUCUGGACUCCGAGCAGAAGGACCUGUACAGGGACGUGAUGAUGGAGACCUACAGCCACCUGGUGUCAGUGGGGUAUCACGUCAGCAAACCAGACGCGCUCUUCAAGUUGGAACGAGAGGAAGAACCGUGGACAGUACAGCAUGGACUCCACUGUCUAGUCUCUCCAGAAGGUACAGUUGGUGAUUCUCUGCAGUAUCCCUUGCAAAGUCGAAGCAUUCAGAGUCUGGAAACAUGCUGUGAAAAUAGUAUGUUUGGAGAUAUUGUUAAUCAGAGCAAAGAAUGAACACAGAAGAGAAACACUAUGAAUGCAAUAAAGAUGGGAAAGCCUUCACUAUGAAGUCAAGUUUCAAUGUUCAUCAAAGAAAACAUACAGGAGAGAGACCCUAGGAAUGCAGCGAUUGUGGUAAAGCUUUUCCCGACUUGUCCUUAUCUUUAUAUAUAAAGAGCCAGGGUCAUCACAUCACGACCGAAGGUUCGACCAACGGGAAGUCAGUGCUGGGUUGCUGUGGUUACCCAGCAACAGCGACUCAGCACUGACUGCCACUAUUGUGGAUGCCCUGAUACAGCAGUGACUGCUGAGGGGGCUGUGGA